AUGGAGAGCUCCCCUUUGUGCAGAGGGCUUCCGGUGUGGUUGCAUCUGCUGAUCAGGGAGUUUUUCUCGUGGGCUUUGGAUGAUGCUGAUUAUGUCAGCCGGAGCCACCAGCGGCGAAACUUGGAUGUUCUUUUGUGCUACGAGGGCCUUGGAAAGGCGGGCUUGCGAACAAUGGCCCUGGAGAGCUCUUUCGCCACUUAUCAAGAUAAAGUGAUCUGUGUUGGCUAUGUGCUGCGACUACGCCCUGGAGGCGAGGGUUUCUGGAGCCUCGGCAGGGCGAUGUCUCCUGUGAGGUACUUGAACCGUGCAACGACGGCUCGCUCUUGUGGAAGCCGUGACGAAUUCGACGAGGUUGGACAGCUUGUGGAAAUGGAAAAGAACGCCGAGCCGGAGCAGUUGCUGGAAUCGGCAGAGCAUACGGUUCGAAGAGUGGUAUCGUUGCUGAUUGCCCUGGUCUCUCGGCAAAAGAACACUUGGGUCCUAUUUGACAAGGAUGAUCGUUUCAGGUUGGAUGUGACGGCACAAAGGCCAACGGAUGUUCGUGGCUGGAAGCUGGCAGUGACAAGCUUUCAAGCAUUGCAGGUGAACCAGUUUCUUCGACCGGGGGCUCCGGGCGGCGAUGCCGAGGCAGGGGCCCCAGAGCUUAGAUUGUAG